AUGUCGGUUACCGACUGCUACUUUGCCGCUUCAGAGGCAUGUCGUGCAUUUCUGGCGGGCGCAAAAAAUCUUCGUUAUUGUGGCGAAAAUGAAACCAUCUUCGCCGGCAUAAUGAAGGAGCGGGCGAAGAGUACACUUGUGUUGGCAGUGAUGGAUGACGACGAGAGUGGAAAGGCCCUGUCGAGGGCGCUUUUUUCCCAUUUUGCCGUGAACUUUAUGGCCCCAAGAGGCUCCUACACAAGGUUCAACGUGUCUUUCAUUGAUGAGGCCGCUGGUGACAUAUUAAACUACCGCUGCGAGCGUCUAAGCGAUAUUGAGGCGAUCGUCGAGGAGGAGGAUGGGAAGCACCGAUGCUGCUCCAUACAGGCUUCCGUGGUUGAACCUACCAGUCGUUCUUUUGCCUUUUCCGAUGCUCGUUUAACGUUAAUGCUUUGGACCAAAGCUGCACAAAAAGGUAAUUUGUCUCGUGCAGCAGAGCAUGUGGGUACAGUACUAGGUACAAGAAUCACAUCUGUUUGCGUAUAUUUUCUUUCUGGAAGUCCUUCUUUUGUAGAUCACUGCCUGGCGCUGGCACAGGAUCUGCGUAAGCUUUGUCGAACCACUGUGUUCGGAGAGGAUGCAAAGGUGAAUCCUCAGGCCUGUCUAGAAAAUGCAAGGGCAUGGUCUCUCUUCUUGAACGAGUUCUGCCAUUUUGCGCCCCAGUCGGAGGGUCCCUACUUGAUCAACCUAAACCCCCAGCUUGCGGUGGGGGAGAAGCUGGCCCACGCCAUUUCACACGGUAUUAGCUACAUCGUGGCGGAAAAAAGCAAUGCGGGCUGUACUGACAUUGUUGUAUUUCCCUUGAGUGCGUCAGAAAAAUGUUUUGGUCAACGAAGCAUUUACUCCCCCCAUUGCCGCGUCAAGUAUGAGGACAGCACCGUUUCCCUCCGCCCAGAAUGCGGCAUGACGUAUGUGAAUGGUGUAUUGUUGUCAUCGGAGAUUGUCCUGCGGCAUAACGAUCGGAUAGUGCUGGGGAAUGAGGUAAUAUUUCGUUUUGUUAUGGUGUCAGCAACCCCGCCGGUGACGACCGGGUCGCGGAUAUUAGACUGGGAAAUGUCCUGCCAGGAGUUUGACUCCGUGACCUCAACCACGAUUCAGCAGGCACAUCAUAGCCAACUCGAGAGUGAAGUAAGACAGUUGAAAGAAUACAGUGAACGGCUGCGGCUGCGGCUUGAGCGUGACGCCAACGAAAGGGCUUGGCUGAUCCUUAACAACCCACCCUGCGAAUACACCGCGUCAUUUGUGUGGCAGCUGGGGUGGAUGGGCUUCGGCGACGCCGUCACCCUUGGCCCUGCGGGGGACAUUGCUCUCCCCUUUUUGCCCACCACCGGCGUGCUGACGCGGACGGCGUUUGGCUUUUCGUACCAGGCCGAUUCCGUAACGCUGAAUUUGGCACACUGCGGUUGCUUCAGCAAUGGCGGCAGCAAUUUUUCUCUUUGUAUUGUGGCUGACAAUUCCGUCGAGAAGAAUUUUUCGAAGGAGGAGGCCGAUGAGAUGCGGGAGCUGCUGCCUUAUUCCGAAAACGAUGUCAGAGAGCUUCGUAAUGGUCUUUUUGAGCUUCAAUGGUCCAUUGCCUUUUUGUUUGAUUUUGCGUUUCCGACGGAGGCUUCAGGCGACGGGGGCCCUCAUGGCGACCCGCACCAGGCAAGGCGUCUCCAAAUGGGCAGCGACGCCAUAUUGACCGGCGCGAAACUUGACCUCGGAGGUGUCACGGCCUUCACGCGGAGGAUGACGGAGGCCGUCCGCAUGAUUGCGCAUCAAAUGGCGUAUUCGGUGGGCAACAAUAACGAGGUGUCGCCCAGGGAACGGGAUGCUAACGGCCGGUGCGGUGGCGGUUUUGCCGCAGAGGAGCUGUUAAAUAGGCUUAACACGGAGACGAAACUCACCCACGAGUUGCUUCUUCAAGUGCAUCAAUCUGUGGGGAGGGCUCUUAUUGAAGGCGGCGGCGACAGGAGGCGAAAUCAAACGCAGGGCAACUCUCACUUAGUGACUAGGAAAUUGGAGGACCCCGUUUGUAUUGAGGUGCGAAAACGCGUUGGGAGACUGAAAGCGCAGUGUUUCAUUGCGUCUUCCAUCGUGGUGCGUCGAAUUAGCGUAUUGAUGGAUUUGCUUUCCUCAACUUCCAACCCCAAGACACUGUUGGAGCGGUACAUCAGGACCCUGCGGCGCAUGGUGAAAUCUCACUUGGAUUUUACAAAACUUCCUGUGUCUGAAAAGCAGAGUUUGGCUCUGGCCCUUGUGGAUGUGAUGCUUGCCUUGGACUACAACGUACAAAAUGGCCAUCUUUCUGCCAGCGAAGAGGGGGAACUGGAAAAGCAUUUAGAGUUGUGGGAGUCCGUCGGAGAGGCCUCUUUGGAGGUGUUCAGACCCGUUGCAAAAGAAAGACAUGCUCCCUCUGCAGUGCGUGCUGCCACGGCUCAACGGAAGAUCACCCCUAUCCGUCGUUUUGCCUCUCCUGCCGCACGAGCUGCGCCGAAGAGGCCUCCUUCUCGGCCAGUGACCCCAUCUCGGCCUAAUGUUGUGACCAGCGUCAGUCCUAGGGCCAGAAAGCCAGUCUCCGCCGUGUCCAUGGAGCUGAACAAGCGGACGACAUUGGUUGCCAAGUCGCCUUGUGCGCGGAAAAGUGCCACACCUACCGGAAGGUCUGUGCGUUUAUUGGGGAAGCCUGCUAAGGUGAAAAGUACCCCCGUUUCUCCGAGGGUUGCCACACAUGGAGGGAUGCACCUUAAACCGGGUAUCAGCGGCACCACCGGAACUACUUACCACGCACUGGGAAAUGCAUCGGGAGUUAACGCAACGAGGAGCCCCGUUCGAAGCCAAGCACGGGCCACUUCUCCCAAAUCCCCCUGGUUACGGGGUCCAUUAGCGACGACGGCUGUCUCUAGAAUGAAGUUGUCACAGGGCGGAUAA